UCGGUUACAGUCGGCUCCAGGACGUUGCCAAGUACGGACGUAUUCUUACUGUGCUCCCGAAGAGAAGGAGGCUCAAAAUAUUCUCUCUCGCUCGCUCGUUCGUUUGCUCGCGACUCCCCGGUUCAGUCCCCGGUUGCCCGGCGUUUGCGAGGUGUUCUGGCUGUAGAGUUCGGCCGUUCGUCCGGUCCAGUCCAGUCCAGCAACCAACCCGUUCGACAAGGUAGCAAAUUGGUCUAGCGCGACACGGGUUUGGGAGCGCCCUUUGUUUGUCGUAUCCGCGCGGGCCUUCGAUAGCGACCGGUUGUGAAGCUGCUAAUUACCCGAUUAGGCUUCGUUCGUGUGCAUCUACCGGAGUUUGCGGCACGGGUCUUCGCUAUCUCUCAAAAAGAAAGGAAAUGCACACCUGAAAAAAGAAGUGUCAGUCUUUGCUUGUGCGUUGAUAAGCCACGCGCCUCCGCUGGCCUGGCAAGAGAAUCAUCGAGGAAUCCCCCAAAUGUGUGAGAAGUGAGAGUGAGAGUGUUUCUCGGUGAGGCGAAUGCCAAGAAACGGCGACGACACAUCUCGCGUAACGCAGUAAAAGGUGUAUUAAUUCAGAAUUUAUUGAGUGUCAAUCGGCAGUUAUCGAAGUAAGUGAGAAGUUUGUUUGAGGUUGCCUCGGGGUGCGACGAGAAGAGCAUUUCAGUAAAGCCAGUGUGGUGACAAAGAGACUUUCGUACGGAGUCAGAACAUCGUCGUCGUCGUCGAUUAAAUUUACAUAAUUGCCGCUGUUGUUGUAUAUCGUUUGCGAUCCAGACGGCGAACGAACGACUUGAGGCAGUCAGGAGAUCCCCAUAAAUUAGACGUAGGAGGAAUCGCCGGCAGGCGAGGCGGAUUCGACGAAUCAUCGAAAGGAAAUUGAUUGGAUAGAGAGAGAGAGAGACAGUGGUUCAUCCCAGUUGGAGGUGGCGGCAGCACGAGAGACGGAACGGAGGAGAUUACACGUUCGAAUUUACUGAAACGGGGGGCCAGUAGUCGUUGGUUUCAAACACGUACGCGCAUAACUUCCCGAAGAUGUCGCUGUGGGCACGCGUCAACCAGCUGCCGCAGCCCGUUCUCGAGCAGAUCCGGUACAUCUAUGGCAACAGUUUUCCAAUCGAGGUGCGGCACUACCUGGCGGAAUGGAUCGAGGAGCGAUUGCUAAACGUCCCAGUCUACCAGCACGAACAGGACAGCGCCUACGAGCAGGAAGCUGCCACCUUCCUCAACCAGCUAAUCAACGAGCUCGAGCGGACGGCCAUCAACCUCCCGGAGGACAACGUCACCGGCCGGAUCCGCCUGAACGAGUCAGCCCGGAACUUCCGCCAACUAUUUUCGCACAAUCCCGUCCAGCUGUACUCACAUCUGAUCAAUUGCCUCCAGCGGGAACGGCAGUGCAUAGCCUACCCGGAAGAAUGCGUCAACGUGCAGGAUCCGGAAAUUGCCGAAGUCAUCAACGGUCUCCAGCAGCUGCAGAUGUUAGUCCGGGCCAAUGAAAACGACAACCGCAAUCUGGUCAAAGACUACGAGCAUCUGCUGCUCGAAAUUCACGAAAUUACCAAGAACAAAGCACAGAUGGAAGCCAUCGAUAAUGCCCAGCUGCGAGAGCACGCGCGGGCCGCUCUGGUCCAGCAGGAACGGAACGUAAACGAAACGGUAACCCUCAUCACCGGCAAACGCCUGAAUUUGGUCGACAACUUCCGCAAAACGAUCCAGCUAACUUCGCAAGUGCAGGAAAAAGUUCUGCACAAGUACCUGACACAGUGGAAGAUCAACCAGGGCUUCGCCGGGAACGGGGCGUCCGGUAUGAGCGCCAGCAAUUUGGACACCAUCCAGGCGUGGUGUGAAAACCUGGCGGAAAUCAUCUGGAAUACCAAGGACCAAAUCCGGUUGGCGAUGAAGAACAAAUCCAAGCUCAACAUAGAGGAGCCCAACUUGCCCGACUUCCUGCCCCAGUCGCUGGUCGAGGUGACCAAUCUGCUGAAGGCCCUCAUCACCACAACCUUCAUCAUCGAGAAGCAACCGCCGCAGGUGAUGAAGACCAACACCCGGUUCGCGGCGACCGUCCGGCUUCUGAUCGGCAACACGCUCAACAUCCGCAUGAGCAACCCGUUGGUUCGGGUUUCGAUCAUUUCAGAAGCACAAGCACAGGCCACGCAGCAGUCCAACAAGGCGUCGGAGCAGUCGUGCGGAGAGAUCAUGAAUAAUACAGGAAAUCUAGAGUACAACGAAACCACGAAGCAGUUAUCGGUUAGUUUUAGGAAUAUGCAGCUUAAGAAAAUCAAGCGAGCGGAAAAGAAGGGCACCGAGAGCGUGAUGGACGAGAAGUUCGCUUUGCUGUUCCAGUCAAGCUUUGCAGUUGGGCAUGGCGAUUUAGUCUUUUCGGUUUGGACGAUCUCACUUCCGGUGGUCGUGAUCGUGCACGGCAACCAGGAACCCCAGUCGUGGGCCACCAUCACCUGGGACAACGCGUUCGCCGAUAUCAACCGGGUGCCGUUCCACGUGCCGGACAAGGUGUCCUGGAACCUGCUGGCCGAGGCCCUGAACACGAAAUUCCGCGCCUCGACGGGCCGCUCCAUGACGCCGGAGAACAUGCACUUCCUGUGCGAGAAAGCGUUCCGCGCCAACCUGCAGUAUCCGGUUUCGAACGAUCUGACCAUCACGUGGUCCCAGUUCUGCAAGGAACCGCUGCCCGACCGGACCUUCACCUUCUGGGAGUGGUUCUACGCGGCGAUGAAGGUCACCCGGGAGCACCUGCGCGGACCCUGGAACGACGGCAGCAUCGUCGGCUUCAUCCACAAGUCUAAAGCCGAAGACUAUCUGCUCAAGUGCUCGCGUGGAACCUUCCUGCUGCGGUUCUCCGACAGUGAGCUGGGUGGCAUCACAAUCGCCUGGGUCAACGAGAGCAACGACGGCCAGCCGCAGAUCCUGCACAUCCAGCCGUUCACGGCGAAGGACUUCGCCACCCGGUCGCUGUCCGACAGGAUCCGGGACUUCGAGGACCUGUUCUACCUGUAUCCGAACAAACCGAAGAACGAGGCGUUCGAUCGGUACACGACCCCGCCCGGACAGCCCCGGAAUCGCAACUACAUCCCGUCGGAGGUGCGGGCGGUGCUCAUGCCGAGCAACAACAACCCGAUCAGCUAUCCGAACACGCCCAACUCGUACGGGCACCUGCAGUCGCCGGACGCGUCCCGGGACACUCCCACCAGCGGAAGCUACAAUCUGGAGAACGACCAGGUAAAUCAUCUACCGUACCAACCGUUGGCCGACCUGGAGCUGGAAAACAUUGACAUGUUCGCGUCGUCGUACACCUAGAGCGGAGAGGGAGGCGCGACGGUCCAGCGGAAUUGGUGUACCACGUGCGCACAAACACUAUCACUUCACACAUGACACAAAAACACACACACGUGGACAUAGAACAAACGGCAAUCGCAGCGCUGUGUAAACGAUAAUCAAAAUCCCCCCCCCCAAAUUUUAGUGUUCUAAGAGUGAUGAAAGUUGAUACAUUUUAAUUUAUGUUUCUUGAUCGAUUUUGCCUUUUCUUAUCGUGAGUGCAAGUGUGUUUCUCUGUAUUGGAGUUGAUUAUCUACUUUAUAGUUUUAUAUUACUAUUCACUAUCGAUGUAUGUGCAUAGAUUUUAUUCGUUUCUGUCCCGCCUACCCUCCAGGAAUGUAGUUAUAAGUUUUGUUUUCUUGAGAAUGAAUGAUUCCAAGUCAAUUUACGGAGAUAAGUUGCAUGAUACAGUUCGAUUGUUUCCAUUACCAAGAGUUGCCUUAUCCUUAUCGUAGUAGAGUCCAAAAAUAUGUAUCGUUUAAUUUUAAAAUGGAAUGACGAACGGUUUAGUUAAGUUUUUAGUGAAGCGAUAAUCAAAAUCAAGCAUUUUUCUUAUAUUAAAGCCGGUUUAGAAAUACGAACGAAGUUAGAAAACACAUCAAGAGAACGAUUAGCAAAGCGGAAUAGGAAAAUGUGAACAAAACAUAACCUUUCAGUACCUUAAGAGAUGCAUAUGAAGAAUAAGCUGAAGAAACCCUUUUCAACUAACCCCCCGUGUUUAAAGAGAAAAAAAAAAACAGAUGGAAAAUUAGUGUUGUGAUUGUUCUUCUUCUUGUGAUAGAGCAGUGUAUAAGCUAAUCGAACAAAGAAAUAUGAAAAGUGUUAUUUUAUGGAAGAGUUUCAAACUUGAGUCUGCAAGAGAAUUCAGCACUUUUAGAUUAUAAGACACUAGAUAUUAAGGUGACACUUAUACAUAGGUAAACUCACACAAAAAGGACGAAGCAGAAACGUAAAUGUGACAGACAGGAAAUCAAACGGUUUCGUAAUUUGAUUCUUAUGGGAAGCAAAAUAGAAGUGACAGGAUAUGAUGAUGAGCUUUAGGGGAACUGGAUUACUAAUGAAAACUUUCAGACAGGGGAAUAAAUUUUAAAAUGUAUAACGGACAUCCUUGAAACAGCAUACAACGAAUUAAAACCGAGUUAUUGUAGGGUAAUUAUCAACGGAGCAGUUAAAAGUUUCGCACAGAUGUAAGCAAAACAUGUCAAUAUUAAGAGCCAAAGCUCGUCCUUUGGCAGCUGGGAAAUUUCCCAUCUUUGAUCAGUGUAAUAUUUUUCAGCUACUGAAAAAAAAAACGGUGCAAUUUAAAGAAGGUUUCUGUAAAAAUGUUUUAAUUUCUCACAAAUAAAAUGUAUUGGAAGGAAAAUAAUUUCCGGAUUGUAUUUUGUCUGUUCCUGAACAUUUGUGGCAUUCGAAUAUCUCCUGACAUUGGAUGUCGGUUCACAUCUCAUCAUAGAGAAACGCGCCAGACCACUGCACUGAGGUUAAAGUGUCGAUUCUUUUUAGAUGAAUUUUUGUAUGAAGCAUUUCUUAGUAACGAAGCUGAUUUGAAUAACUGCAUUGAAACAAUUUCUAUCUUAUAUUCCGUAUGUGUCUUACUGUAGCGAAAAUGUUUCUCGUUGAGAUUUAAGCGAUUGUCUUUGAACACAUUCUUCGUAGCAUUAUGAUAUAGCAAAAACACUGUAUUGUCGUUAAAGUAUGUUCACGGUACAUAGAAAAUCAACAUUCACAUACAGAAGAAGGCCAUUCUCUGCGACUACAUUUUGAUUAACGGCGAGUGAGAUAAAUGUUCUAUUUGUAGCAAACACACUGACACAAGAAUCACGAAUUUCAGCUAUUCCAAGAAUAGUGCCAUAAGCGAGAGGGAAGAAACUACCACACUACUAGAAUCAUUUAGCACUUAGGCUAAUAGGUAAGCUGCUUCUUUCAUAUCCCUCCCCACUGCACGCAUGAGAAGAUGUCUGAGUUUAAAUAUAUUUUUAAUGAUUAUAUUCAUCGUUCGACUCAAUGUGCAUUAUCAAUUUAUACUACUGGAUGCAAAAAAGGAAUUCUAACCAGUUGAGACGAAAGCGGAAAUCAGAUGGUUCUAAUUUUUAUAUUCAUACUAGAUUCCGGAAAAGUAGUUAGGCCAAAAAAGUAAGGAAAGGAACUGGUGCGCAUGAAAGAUUUGUGAGGAAAAGAUUUUUUACACCAUAAAAAAGAUUAUUUUGAUUAGAUCACAUUUUUGGUAGUUCAGUAGAGAAAACAAAUACAGAUGAAAGAUAUUUACCCGUGAAGUUUUUCAAACCCCAUACACACAUAUUGAUAAAACACACUGUUGUAAACGCAAAUUCAUCGGUUUCAGCGAGAAAAAAUUGACAAGAAAUGCUUAGAAGAAAUUAAAAAAUGUUAAAUUCAAUAUACGAGAAUUCCGUAGUUCAAGGUAUUCGAUUCUUCAUGAUUACAAACCAAUUCAAUGAAAUAGAAGAAAAUGUUGGUACUUAGACCACAGAAAACGUUUGACUUAAAUUAUAUAUUAUACAUAUACACAUACAAUUGAAGCUAGAUAAAAGAGAACUAUGAAAAAAGGUGUCAAUUUUAACAAAAAAAAAAACUGGAAUGAAAUCAUCAUGUUUCUAUUUCGAUUGUGAAAAGUAUACGUUUUGCGCCUCCUGGCAUGUUGAAAACCUAUGAAAGAAAUUUGUAUACCUGAUCACAAGACGAUAAAUGCAAGUUUUAUCAUUAUUCUACACACACAUAAACUGUUUACACAUUUACCCAAGGAGAAACAAUUAUUAAAAAUAAAUAUAGUGAAUUACAGAUGCAUCCCCACAUACACGCAGACUACAGUAGCUGAGAACAGACAAAAGAAAUAUUUACAGUGUAGUUUGCUAUAAGCAACCAAGCAAGGCUACUUCUACUCGGAUAAACUUGAUACUUACACAUGUAAAACGUGCAAACUAAGACGAUGGAACGGAACAGUUGAAAUGAUAAUACGUCCAAAGAAACUUCCUCAGAAGGAAGGAAGAAAAUAUUAUAGUAAACUUAACACAGGCUCACACAUACACAUCCCAAAUAAUCACUUACACGAAAACGAACAAAACCUAGAACACGAGAAUGCCUUUCGCGCCCAUUGAAACGAAGAAAAGCGUUUCGCAACCCAUUCACACUCCAAUACACCCAUUUACCCGCAAAGAGAUAGAGAGAACAACUCACAAACACAUUUACAGACCGGAAGUAAUGUUUUAUGAAUCACGAUCAACCACAAUGAUGGUGCAACACGGAACGCUUUCUAUUUAAUGCGUGACCUAAAUGCUGCGUGGAUGCAAACAAGACGGGGAAUUAGAGCCCCAAAUGAAGAGAGCGGCUUGAGAGGAGGGAAGAGAAUACAUGGAAGGAAAGAAUUAGUGAAGCAUUGAAGAACCGAUGUGGACAUCAACAAGAAAACAAUGUAAGAUUAAAUGUAUUGUGCUUAUUAAAUAAUGAAGAAAAACUUUAAACAAA